AUGUCUGCGACGGGCUCAGGCUGCGGACCCGGACCCGGACUCCGGACCCGCAUCCAGCUCCGGGCCGGGGGCACCAACCCGAAGUUCAGCGAGAAGAUCGCGCUGCACACCCAGCGGCAGGCCGAGGAGACGGCCGCCUUCCAGGAGGUGAUGAUGGACAUCACCUCCACCAGGUUGCAGGCUCAGAAGCUCCGCCUCGCCCGCAGUCAGGGACCGUACUACGGCGGCUCGCUACCCAACGUCAACCAGAUCGGCAGGAACCCCCAGGACUUCCAGGGCUCUUUCCCGUCCACUCUGGAGUCGAACCGUUCUACCCGGCAUCACGGCCUGGUGGAACGAGUCCAGAGAGACCGCCGCUUCGUCUCGCCCGUCCGGCCGUACAGGAACCGCCAAGUGGAGAACUCUCUGUACAACUCUGCAUACCUGUCGCCUCCGCCGGACCCCAGCUGGAGAAGGAAUUGGUCUGGAAACUUCCCCGGAGAUAAAAGCCAGUUGUUCCGUCUUCCCACCACCGCACUCAACAGGACCAACUCGGACUCGGCGCUGCACACCAGUGUGAUGAACCCCCCCCCAGGAGACCCCUUCACCGCGGGGGGCCGCCCCACCCUGACGCCGCAGAGCGCCCGGCGCUCCGGUCAGAGUGACGGAGAGUCCAGAAGAAUGUUUCCAUAUCCGGUUCCUCCCAUUGAGGAGAACAUACUGGAUGAAGGCAAACUGCUCAAGCCGUGGGACACCAAGAAGCUGCCUCUGCUGUCCUCCAGACCCAAGUCCUGCGAGGUUCCCGGGAUAAACGUCUUCACGUCUCUGGAGCAGCCGUCCACGCCGGCUCACGGCGUCCCCUCGGCGCUCAACACGGGCGGCUCCCUGCCCGACCUGUCCAGCCUCCACUUCCCCUCGCCGCUGCCCACGCCGCUGGACCAGGACGAGCCGGGCGGCCCGGGCGCCUCGCUGAGCGGCGGCAGCAGCACGGGGAACCUGGCGUCCACCCUCACCCAGCUCGGCAUCACCGCCGCCAGCAGCACGCCCGGAGGCAACGGCAGCUUCCACCAGCACACGCCAGGCCUCCUGGCAUCUCUACAGAGCACGCUCAGUAACCCCUCCCUGCCCUCGUCGCUAAGCAAUCCCAACAUCCAAUCAUCGCUCAGCAGCCACUCCUUCUCCGCCUCCCUGAGCUCCGCCUCCCUGCACUCAUCGCUUAGCAACCCCUCUCUGCAGUCCCUAAGCUCCUCCCCCUCCCUGCCCUCCUCUCUCAGCAGCCAAUCGCUGCACUCGUCCCUCAGUAGCUCCUCCCUGCAGUCGGCGUCCAGCGGUAACCCGGGAUACGGCGGCGGCUCCACCUCCUCCUCCUCGGCGUCGUCUUACGGACCGAGUCAGCCGGCGCUCAGCACGUCGCCACGGAGACGGGCCCAGCUGUCCCCCCUCAUCCUGUCCAUGGGGGGGGAGUCGAGGAGACACCACUCCAAGCAGUUCUCCCCCACCAUCUCCCCCACCCUGUCCUCCAUCACACAGGGCGUCCCUCUGGACACCAGCCGCCUCCCCCUGGACCAGAGGCUCCCUCCAUACUCGCUCAGCCACCAGCCCCCUCCUCUGGGUCAGCAGCACCACCAGCAGCUGCACCGCCUGCAGCAGCCCCGGCCCGCCACGCCGCAGCAGAACCUGCACCUGCACAACCUGCACAACCUGCACAACCUGCGAAACCAGCACAUGCAGCAGCACUUUGGAACGCAGCAGAGGCCGAUGGGACCGGCCAUGCCCAUAAAGAGCGAGGGGACGUUGGACCAGUGCGUCCAGACGUCGUCCCUGUGCCAAGUCAAACAGGAGGUGGAGCUUCAGAGGGGCGGCGGCCUCCCGCAGCACCAGCAGUUCAACCAGAGUUUGACCUCUGACCUCUAUAACGAUGCCUUGCUCAACUCACUGCUGGACGACCCAUACCUGACCCUGCAGCUCAACAGCAAAUCCAACCAGCAGUUCACCUCGGACCACCAGGGAGACGGGUUCUCCGGUCUGAGCUGCACCGCGGACAAGAGCCAGUUCCCCUCCCAGAGCCAGGGGCCCCUGGACCUGCAGGAGCCCGGGGACCAGCAGCUCCUCAACAACCAGAACCAGAACUACAGCGGAGGCGGCGAGGGGCGACACAACGUGCCCAACAUCAUCCUCACCGGUGACUCCCCCACCGGUCUGUCCAAAGAGAUCGCCAGCGCCCUGUCCCACGUCCCCGGCUUCGAGAUGGACCCUUUCUCAUUGGAGGACCAGCUCAGGAUGGACCCCCUGUCCCUGGACAUGCUGGACGGGGACCUGAUGCUGGCCGACCCGGCCGUGGAGGACUCGUUCCGCUCCGACCGCCUCAAGUGACCCCGCCCACCUGGCAAGGACACGCCCACCCACCGGGAGGUGGAAGAGACCUGGCGUCUGUGGACGGACCCGGGGUCCCUGUGGGGGGGCAUCGUGGAGCCUGCCAGAACUGGCAACCCGAGUCUUCUCGUGUCUUCAGGCAUUACCGAGUCCGACCUGCACGUUCUACCUGAGGAACUCUGUACAUAGACCCACCGGCAGCGCUACAGCUUCUGCAGCUGAUAUGCAUCAUGUCUGAGCUUCAGGAGCGGCUCCGAGAAGUCCUGAUGGACCCCCCAAGGAACCCGAGAGGUCCUGAGGACCCUGAGGGCCCCAGAUGCUCGGAACCCUUUAGUCCCAAAACCAGCAACAGUUUUCUGUGCUGUCCGCCACUUUAACAGGAGCGAAGCCAUGACUGUUCUGAUCCUCCUCAGACUACCCGGGCUGGACUCAGGACUCAGGAUCUGGACCACUUUCAGACUGGUUUCUGGACUGGUUGUAGACUGGGCUUUGGACUGGAUCCAGACUUGGUUCAAGGGACGUUUUGACCAGCUUUCGAGGUUUUAGACUCGAUCUUAGUCCACAUCUAGACCAGUUUCUGGACGGGUUUCUGGACUGGCUUUAGACUAAUUCCUGGACUGGAUUUAGACUGGUUCCAGGACCGGUUUCUGGACUGGUCCCAGGAUUAGAUUUAGACUGGUUUGACUAACCUUGGGCAGGCUUUAGACUGGACUCUGGACCACUUUAUGCUGUUUCUGGACUGGUAAUAUUCUGUUCUUUUGUUGUGUUUUUGCUGGUUCUGGACGGUCCUGGAUCUCUGGAGGUUCCUUGUGGUCCAGUCUGACUCUGUGGCAUUGAGGUGAGGUCUCUGGUCCACAGUGGGACCAGGUGCAGGACUGUGCUGGUCCAGGAUGAGGACUGUGGUGGUCUGAUGAGUCCGUCUUCUCGUACGAUCGUAAACGUUGAACCCUUUAAACUCGCUCACUGUGAUUGACAGCUCUUGGCCCCGCCCCCUCCCCUCUGCUGCUUGAUGCUUUUUUCUAUUCAGAUUAUUUUUAUUUAUUAACCAGAAAUUACAAAGUUUUUUUGCGUACACACACACAUGCACACACACUGUCCCAGGUUGAUUGACAAGUUACCAGGAGAACAGACUUUGACCUGGAGUUGAACCGAGAUCCUCUUCCUGUGAGGUGGCCAGUGCUAACCACUGCCGCACCGCGCCCUCCCGCAUCCACUCGUCGGGUUACCCUGAAGCAGCUCAUCUUGACUCACAUUGAAAGUUUACUGAAAGCCAUGUUAGUGGCGAGGACGCCCCCCUGCCGCCCCCUGCUGGCCGCAGCCCGCCACUGCGGCCUGUAGAGCGCGAGGCGUUCAGACACCAAGGCUCCGUUCACACAGCAACUCCAGUGGAACGCAACUUUUUUAGAAAACUUUGUGUCAAUGGAGGAAUGAAAGGAUGCGUUUUGCCUUGAAGCGCUGCUGCGUGAACGGGCCCUGAGUUUUAUUAUGAAGUGUUCCACAGAUUUUAGAAGAUGGGAUGAAUUUGUUACUGACGGAGACGAACGAACAGCCUGCAUUAACCCUUCAUAACGCAAGCUUAGCGCAGCGCCUGGCGGUGGUGGACGGUGGUUGCCUAGCAACAGAGUGAAGAGGAAUAAGUUUAACCCUUUUAGAGAAACUCACAGGAAUUAAAACCUGAAUUUCUGACCUGAACUACAGAAGUGAAACCGCGUUCUGCUCCGUGGAACGGUUCUGCAGGAGAACUGCUGCGGAACGUCGCCGGUUCUGUGUGUGUGUGUGUGUGUGUGUGUGUGUGUGUGUGUGUGUGUGUGUGUGUGUGUGUGUGUGUGUGUGUGUGUGUGUGUGUGUGUGUGUGUGUGUGUGUGUGUGUGUGUGUGUGUGUGUGGUGUGUGUGUGUGUGUGUGUGUGUGUGACAGAGAGGGAUCAGUUCAAGGCCAUAUUUGAUAUUUUUCAUGUUUUGUACUGACAUAUUGAAUUUAUCACCUCGUUUGUUUUUUCCUUGUUUUUGUUUCUUUUUUUUAAUUUUGUUUCUUUUGUUUCUUUUUGUUUGUUUGUUUUUUUUCUCCCCUUUUUGUUGCUUUUGUUUUCCGUCUGUUUUGCUUGUUUUGGGCUCCGUCGGGAACCCGGACGCGGAGGUUUGUCGUUGCUCUGCGUCGUUUGCAGACGUGCGUCGUGACGGGCAGGAACGCCGCGCGGCGCCUUGUACAUAUGAAUGUUUGUAAACCGAGGUGCUUCUGAAGCUAACAGCAGAUUUUUAAACAGACUCCACUUCACUUUAUUUUCCAGAAAAUAAACAAAUAAAA